AUGUCCCACCUCACCGCUUCGCCGUUUCACAAGCCAUCACCAUUCCAAUUUCCCCAGCGGAACAACACAGUCGAAAGCAAUUACAACCCCCAAUUGCCCACUCCACCGUCAAUGAGUGUAGCAGAGGGGCACACACAAGAGAAAGAGUACUUUGACACCCCGUCCGUGGCUCCUGAGGCUGCUGGAGGCCGUUUCCGUCGUGCGGCUUCGUCAAUAGUCUACCAUAGCAGCGGUCUCCGUGAAUCAAGGGAACGGACUGUCCAACGCAGCUCUCGCUCAUUUCUCGUUGUCCUGCCACCUUCGUCGCUUCCUCAGGAUCAUGCACAUCUUGGACAUACUCUAUCGUCUGGCCCUCGCAACCGCCUGUCGCAGGGACUUUUGAUGCCCUUAUUCCCGACAAUGUACGGCCAGCUGUCGGCCAUUGCACGCGAAUAUAAUUUCCCAAGCACCACUGGUCUCUGUUUAUAUCUUCACAUAAACGAGAAUGGCAUCACUGCGACUCCACGUAUCUCAGACGACUCCUGGCAAAUGAUAUGGAGCCAUAUAUUCGACGGUCAAACGACGGGCACAGGUCACCUUCCGGUUUGCGGCAAAGUCGAGUUCGACAUUGACCUUCACCUUGCUCGGUGGUAUGGGGCAUGGAUGGCAUCCUCUCAUAGAGAACACGGAGUCGAUGUCCCAAUGUCUGUUACUCCAUCGGCGGCGCCAUCCGUCGUGCACUACCGGGAAGAAAGCAGGACCACUUUUGCUGACGGAGAUGAUGGGGACAAUCACUCCAUCAUUCGGCCUGUUCGGCAUGUCCCACGGAAACUCUCUCUCGUGGAUCGUUUUGAUGUGAUGUCUGUUCGUUCGGUUCCUCGGUCCGUCGUAGCUCGAGCCCUCCCGGAAGGUCUGCAUGGAUCUCAAAACCUCUCGCCAAUCUUUCAAGAGGAGGAACCUAAGACGGCCAAGUUUAACGACCUCGAGCACCGUGUCAACUCAUGGCGAGCUAGUGCAUCGAUUCUCCCAGAAACAACAGGUCAUAUACUUCUGGCUAGCGUCAUCUCUCCGCCGUUGGAAGAAAGUCCGAUCACUACCAGCAAUAAGACCGACGGAGAACAUCCUGAACCGGCGGAGGAAGAAGAGUAUCGAAUUGAAGACUACUCUUUCUCGAUUUCUUCUGCUGGGCCAGGUGAUUAUGACCCUCACUCUCCUCUGACGUGGUACUACGACCCUUCGGUUCAUAUGGCUAAUCGAGCAGAGGGCUCAGUUUGCUUGACGCCAACGGAAUGCACAUCAUUUGGUCCCUCUGAAUACCCUUGGUCGCCGCGGCAUUACGAAUUUGACAUGGAUGGUUUGGUUUAUACUCCCGAUAUCGGCCGUCGCAUGUUAGAAGAUGUUCCUCCUUCGCCUCUGACUACCACUAGCUGGGGCGCCCCAUUGUCUUACCCUCCGACACCCGUCAGCGACUACCAUGCCCCCUCUGUCCAUCUCGCUUACCGAGGUGAAUUCAGCCGACCUACAACCCCGAUGACCGCAACUUCCUGGGGAGCUCCUGAAUCUUUCCCUCCAAGCCCAACCACGCCCUUCUACGUCCGUACUCCCGACGCUGCUGAACGAUCCUUUGACUUCUCUGCAAUUGGUGAUGCUCCUUGGUCCCUUGUCUGGCCUUAUCACGACACAACCCGGCCUUGGAAUCAAGUUUGGCCAUAUCGCUCUUCUGACUUGCAUCAGAACUCCUCACCGGCGGCAUCUACGGCGUGGAACAUGGUCUGGCCAUACCAUGCAGUAUCUGUUUCUGCGCCAUGGGAAAUGGUUUGGCCGUAUCAUCAGUCUCAGUCAACCCCUUCGCCAAGUGCAAUUUCUGUCAGUUUACCGGCUGCGUAUCCUGCUUUCGACCUUUACCCUGCCACAUAUCCUCACAAUUUGGAUGAAAUCUACCCUGCACUUGCGCAAGAAGUGUCGUCCUCGGAUAUUUCAACGCACAUCAGCUCCUACCCGUCCUUGAAUAUCUAUCCGGCUGUUUACCCCAAUUUCGAAAUCUAUCCUAGAAUUUCUGCAGCUUGGGAUGCUUCCACUUCUUCGGAGAUCAACGUUAGACUGGCACCAGGUCCCUCAAUCUACCCACAAAACCUCAGGGAAAUUUAUCCAAUAAUCGGUGCGGUUAAGGAACAAAGCCUUGGCCCCAUCAAUGUUCGGCUGACGCCGGGUCUCACUAUCUAUCCGGACAACCUGGACAACAUUUACCCUGCAGUCAAUAGUCUGGUCAAUGUCAGACUAGCUCACGGACCCUCUGUCUACCCACAGAACCUGGACGAAAUUUACCCGAGUCUGUCUCCAUUGAGGCGGGUAACUGGCCUAAUCGAUAUCGUCCUGCCUCCAAGCUAUCCGGUCUUCAGCCUCUACCGAGCGGUUUACCCUUGGAACCUGGACGUUAUAUAUCCACCCGUAAAGCUCGAAGACUCGAUAGAAAUCACCACACGUCUCACUGCAUAUCCGUGCUUCAAUAUCUACCCGGCGGUAUAUCCUAAUUUCGACAUAUAUCCUGCAAUUUCUGGUGCUUGGAAACACGACUCCGUCUCUUUGCGUGGUUCGAUCACGGUCCGGCUGGCUGUUGGGGACGCCAUUUACCCGCACAACCUGGUAGAGAUUUAUCCUUCAAUAGUACCAGUGGCGCGUCCUACCGGUGGAAUAACCACAAGGCUGGCAGCGCACUAUCCGGUUUUCGACCUUUAUCCGGCUGUCUACCCUCAUGUUGUCCCGUACCCCCCGACACAAGGAGAGAUGGAGAAGCCUCUUUGGACGGUGGUGUACCCACAUUUUGACCUUUACCCUGCCAUCGGUCCCAAGAAAGCAGGUUCCAUCGAGCUCUCGGUGCGGCAGUCAAUGGCAUAUCCUUAUCUUGAUAUCUAUCCUGCUGUCUAUCCAUAUGUCACGCCAUACCCCUCUGCUUCUGGGGAAAUGGCGGCACCUACCUAUCAGGUUGAUUAUCCCGUCUUCAACUUGUACCCUGCUAUCCGCAACUCUACGCCUGUGCAUCACCCUGCUGUCUAUCCACACAUUGUACCAUAUCCUCCCGUCGAACGCAAGGCAUCGCAUUUUGAUCCCAUCGUCAUUCGUCAGUCUCGUUAUCCCGUCUUCGACUUGUACCCGGCGACUUAUCCUCCCGUUCCCUACCCAUCAGCGGAAUGCGAGAUGCAAGACGAGAUUCAAGUCCGUCCAGAACCGCUGUACCCGUUCAUUGCUCUAUAUGACGCCGUCUACCCCUACUUGGACCUUUAUCCAACGCUACUGACAAUGCCUGACCCUCGGCCGCCAAGACAGAGCCGAUUCACCCGCUCUGAUCUUCACGCGUUGGUCAAGAAUGGCCCUCGACGCAAUAUGUCCAGAACCCACCAAGAGCUGCACUUGCAGGUAUUCGCCCAAGGCACCGAAGUUGUCACCCCCAGUGGUGGUGGUGCACAGCCCCGCGUGAUGGAGCCCACCAAGAGCCAUCUCGAUCUCCACCACGAGGUGUUCCCCCUCGGGACAGUGGUCGUGUCUCCAAGCGGUGCCGCCCCGAUCGAGCCGUCGCCAUCACCCCGAUCAAUGACGCGCCUCCGCUCCGGUUCCGUGAUCCGCAACAGCUUGCCGCCGUCGCCGCGGCCUGUGGGCGGGCGACCGAUUUCGAUGAUGCGGGUAGCAGCAGCGCCCCCCGCCGCCCGCCCAGCCACUGCCCCCCGCCCCCACCAGGCGCGCAAAGGACUGUUGUGCGACCAGUCUCCACUAUGCCGCUCAAGCUCGAUGGCCCUCCCGAAAUCCUCACCUCCACCCCCAUCACUAGAUAGGUCUGCAUCGACCAAUGGACCAGCACCGCGAAAGCGAGAUAGCUUGGUUUUGCAGCGCGUUAGAGCGUUACAAAUGCAUGACGCCCCACCGAUCACAGAGGAAGAUGUACCUCGUCCACCGACAGUACGGAAGCUGACUUCAUAA